AUCCACCCUCCUGAAUACGGCAGUGUGGUGCCAGCAACAUUUCCAAUUCGUCCUCCUCAGCAAUGCACAGGCCUAUUCUUAGCAUUAUGGCAUAUUGAAGACUUCUUCAAACGCACCUUUUAAGCGUCUUCGUUUGUGAAACUUAAAAUAGACCGCUCUCUGGCCACAGGACGGAUUUUCGCCACCCCCUUCCCGGCGGUGUCAGUUAUCUUAUGCCUCAGAUUUCCAUUGAGUGAAACUAUAAAAGGUCACCGGGAGCACCGGGAAGAUCACUGCAGUCGACUCGGAGUCUUGUCUGUAUCAUCUGUAAGCCACAGCAAAGAAAACAAAGAACACCACAAUGGCAUUCUCAGGUGUACUGGCUGAUGCUGAUGUCGCUGCAGCCCUGGAAGGGUGCAAAGACGCUGGCACUUUCGACCACAAGAAGUUCUUCAAGGCAUGCGGACUGGCCGGCAAGACACCUGCCGAGGUCAAGAAGGCCUUUGAAAUCAUUGACCAGGACAAGAGUGACUUCAUUGAGGAGGAUGAGCUGAAGCUGUUCCUCCAGAACUUCAAGGCUGGUGCACGUGCAUUGACUGAUGACGAGACCAAGACUUUCAUGAAGGCCGGUGACACCGACGGUGACGGCAAGAUUGGAGUUGAUGAGUUCACUUCAGUGGUUAAGGCAUAAGAAGUCACCUGACCAACCACACAUGCUCUGAUGGAACAACAAAGCUCACUUCGACCUCCCCCUUUUCAUCCAAAUAUAGGCUAAAUAACUUUUAUACAUUUGCUUAAGAGACGUUUCCUCCUAUGCAACACACUGUCCAAAAUGAUGAUUAUGAAUGUCGCUCGGUUGUGUUCAUGUCUUAAAUAUGAAUUUUGCUUAUUGUAAAAUCUAUGAUGCACUUUCCAGGAACGAACGGUAAAAAAGAAUAAAUAUUCUUUGCUACGGUC